AUGUCUAUUCCGGCAAUGCCUUUCAUCACAGGGCCAGUUGCUCCGCCCCAAGAGCAGCUACGGCUAUCUCCCCCUCGGGGACGCCUCUCGGCCAUCAUCCCCCUCUCCAAGGUCCAGGAGGUCCUCUGGGUUGACUACCUCCGACAGCCCUGGGCCACGCACUACAACCUGACCCUCAAGGUCGACCUCACAGGCUCCAAGCUCACGCUCGAGAGCAUCAUCAACAACAUUCACAAGCUGGGCAGGAAGCACGACAUGCUCCGCACCACCUUUCACAUCGAUGACACGGCGCAGACCACCUCCCAGUCCUACAUGGCCGUGCACGACCCCGACGGCUGCUUCCAGAACGUCGAGAUCGCCGCCGACGACGCCCGCAUGCAGCAAGCCCUCCGACGCGGCUUCGACCUGUCCGCCGAGUUCCCCGUCAAGUGGAUCGUGCACCAGAGCUACUCCGUCGUCGAUGGCGGCCGGCUCGAGGCCGCGCACACCGUUUACGCCAUGGGCCACCACAUUGCCGUCGACGGCUCCAGCAUGAGCCACCUCUCGCGGGAACUCGUGCAGCUCGUGAGCGAAGAGGACGCAGCAAGCACAGAGAGCGCCACCGCCGCACCCGCUCCCUCGUACGGCGAGUUUGUCCAGCGCCAGGAGGCGUACCUGCGGUCGGACGAGGCCGAGAGCGCCCGGGCGUUUUGGCUCUCGCAGAUCGCCCACACCGCGCCGCACCGCUGGACCCACGCCGCCACCCCGGCUCCGACGCCUGGCCGGGACUACCGCCAGAUGACCACCUGGGCCUUCUUCCCCAACGACGUGCUGGCGGCGUGGUCCGCGCUUUACCGCACCUCGUGGUUCCGCGUAGCCACCGCGGCCAUCGGCCUCGUCACCGCCGGCCACGCCGCGCCCGCGCCGCACCACGACAGCACGCUGCAGGUAGCCCUCGGCGCGCGCGAGGCCCGCUUCGCUGGCUGCGUGUCGCACAUGGCCAACACCAUGCCCGUGCGGCAGCCCGUGUCGGAGCUCCUCCGGCGCGACGGCGACGCUGCUACGUUUGCGGAGUUGGUGAAGCUGGUGGGGAGGGGCGUCUCGCAGGCGAAGCGCCACGAGCGGUUCCCGUUCCUGUCGCUGGUGGAGGCGGCGGCGGCGAGCAGCGGCGACACGGCGGCGAGCAAGGUGGCGGUGACGCUGAGCCCGAGGCUGGCGGACGAUAGGUGCACGCUGUACCCGGUCAACGGCGUCUGGGACCUGUUCUUCUGCUUCCUGGAGCACAAAGACGGCGUGGCGCUCGGCGUCAUCAGCGACCCGGGCGUGUUCGGCGAGGAGGCGCUGGAUGCGCUCCGCGUGGACUUCUUGCACGCGGUCGAGCUGUCACAAAAAACGCCCGACUUUGCGCUGACCUCGCUGCCGUGCAUGCGCGGCCGCGCAGUGGCCACCAUCGUCGACGGACCGGACAUGAACGAUGCCGAGGCCGUGGCUUCCUCGCGCGUGUGUGAUUGGAUCCGCGCCCGGGCGGCGGCGCAACCGGACGACGUGGCGCUGUGCCGCGGCGAGGACGGCACGGAGAUGACGUACGCGGAGCUGGACGCCUCGUCGGACCGCAAGGCGGCGCACCUGCAGGGCCGCCUGGGCGCAGGCCGCGGCGACGUGGUCGCGCUGCAGCUCGGCGCCGGCUUCGACAUGGUCGCCUGGAUCUUGGCCGUGCACAAGGCCGGCGCGUGCUUCGUCGUGCUCGACCGGGCACUUCCGCUCGCCCGCAAGCAGGCCAUCCUGCGCGUCGCCGCCGUCCGCUUCUUCGUCUCCGACGCCUUCGACGACGCGCUCUUCGCCGAUUGCGCCGCGCCCCCCCGGACCGUCUCCGUCUGGGCCGACGCCGACCUGCCCCUCGAUGCCCGCCCGCAGCCCGUCCCCGACGCCCACCCGAGCGACCUCGCGUACCUCGUCUUCACCUCCGGCUCGACCGGCCAGCCCAAGGCCAUCGAAGUCGAACACGGCAACCUUGGCAGCUACGUGAGCGCGGCGCGCGGCGCGGUGCGGGUCGGCCGCGGGUCGCGCGUGCUGCAGUUCGCGCCGUUCGCGUUCGACGCGUCGGUGCUGGAGUGGGCGGCGACGCUGACGUACGGCGCGGCGCUGUGCUUCGUCACGCACCCGGCGCUGCUGGUCGGCGACUACCUAGCGGACGUGGUGGACCGCAACGGCGUCAACUUCUUCCAUACCACACCAUCGGUGCUAGCUACCAUUCCGGACGGCCGCCGCUUGCCGUCGCUGCGCGCACUGUCCGUCGGCGGCGAGGCCUCCUCCGCCGGCCUGCUCGACCGGUGGAGCCGGAGGCUGCACCUGGUCCACGCCUACGGGCCGACCGAGACGACCGUCAUCUGCGCCACCGAGAACGUGGUGCCGAUCGAGGAUGGGAAGGCGCUGCCGGACCCGUCAAACAUUGGUCUGCCCAAUGCCAAUGUCACGCUACUCAUUUGCCCGGAGGACUCGGAGCGCGUGCUCGGCCCCGGCGAGGUCGGGGAGAUCUGCAUCGCUGGGCAGCAGGUCACCCGCGGCUACCGCGCGCAGCCGGAGCUGACCGCUGAAAAGUUCCGUACGGUCAAGCUCAACGGACAGGAGACGCGGAUGUACCGCUCCGGCGACCGGGGCUUCGUCGGCGCCGAUGACGGCAAGCUACGCAUCCUGGGCCGCAUGAACAAUCGCGAGGUCAAGCUGCGCGGGUUCCGCAUGGACCUGGCGGCCAUCGAGAAGAGCAUCCUGGACGGCUGCCCGGAGGUCACGACCGCGUCAGUGCAGGUCGUCGAGGAGCGGCUGGUGGCGUUUGCGUGCCCGGCGACGGUGGACGCGGAGGCGAUCCGGAGGCGCGUCGCGCUCGACCUCCCGGCGUACUCGGUGCCGGCCGAGAUUGUGGCUGUCGACGGGCUGCCUCUCAACGCCAACGGAAAGGUAGACCACAAGGAAGUGCUGCGGCGGUUCGAUAGCGAGAGCACCACCGCUGCGUCUUCUGCCUCCGCGAGCCGGGUCGCUGAUAAGCAGGCCAAGCCCGCCGUGGUGGUCAAGACCCCCACAGUCCCGAGGAAGGGAACCCGGUCCCCCUCCGCCGAUAACACGAGUCUGUUAAGCCGUCUCGAGGCUUCCGUUACCUCUCUGUGGCAAAAGGUACUCGGGUGCCGCGACGCACCGGCUCCGGAUGUCAGCUUUUAUAACGCCGGCGGCCACAGCAUCCUCCUCUCCGCACUGCACAAGGAGCUCGUCUCCCUGUACCCGGACGCCAAGAUUUCCCUGCUCGACGUCUUCUACAACCCCACAGUCCGGCGACAGGCGCAGCGCCUCGCCGAGCUCGUCGGCGACGACGCCGAGACCGGCUCCGUUCCCCCCAGCAGCAGCGCCUCAGACGUCUCGCGGCCCUCCACACCCAAGUCGUCGUCUAACAACUCCUCCGCCGGCACGUCUGUGACCGCGGACGCGCCGCUAUUCGCCAUUGUCGGCAUGGCGGGCCGCUUCCCCGGUGCCGACUCGGUCGAGGCCAUGUGGGAGCUGCUGAUGGGCCAGCGUGACGGCGUGAGCACGAGCGACGGCGCGGGUGCUAAGUUGGCAGACCUUGCUGAGGGAGAGAUCUUCGUGCCGCGGUACGGCAGCAUCAACGGUCUCGACGACUUCCGCGCGAGUGACUGGAACAUGUCCGAAGAGGAAGCAAGAACACUAGAUCCCCAGAAACGCAUGUUCCUCAUGGUCGCUGAGGAGGCCCUCCGAGACGCCUCCAUCCCCGUUCGCACCGAAGAGGGCGUCUCUGUCGGCACCUUCGUCGGCGUCGCGCCCAACACCUACCUCGAGUGCGGCGGACCCUCCUCGCUCCCCCUCGACGCCUUCGAGCGGCGCUACAAGGCCGUCCUCGACCCCAACGCCUCCACGCUCGCCGCGUACCGCCUCAACCUGACCGGCCCCUCCGCCGACGUCGGCGCCGCCUGCGCCUCCUCGCUCGUCGCGCUCCACCAGGCUCUCCGCGCCCUGCGCGCCGGCGACUGCGCCGCCGCCCUCGUCGGCGGCGCUUCUGUGGCCUACCCGCAGCUCGGCGGCUACGCCACCGCGGCCGGCAAGCUCUUCUCCCCCGUGGGCGCGUGCCGCCCGCUGGACGCGCGCGCGGACGGCUCGGUGCCGGCGGACGGCGUGGCGGCGGUGGUGAUCAAGGAGCUGGCAAAGGCGCGCGAGGCGGGCGAUCGCGUGUACGCGGUCGUGGAGGGGCAUGCGGUCGGGGCGGACGGCGCGGUGGACAAGGUCGGGUUCACGGUGCCGAGCUCGUCGGGGCAGGCGCGCGUGCUGCGCGCGGCGAUGGAGGAUGCGCGGCUACCCGGCCCGCAGGCGCUGCGGUACGUGGAGAUGCACGGCAGCGGGACGAGCGUGGGCGACGCGCUGGAGUACAAGGGCGUGGAGCGCGCGGUGGCCGCGUACGACGCGUCGUGGGCUCCCGGCGGCGUCACGGAGCAGCGGCGCACGCUGUUCGUCGGGUCCAACAAGGGCAACUUUGGCAACGCCGAGGCCGCGUCCGGCCUGUUCUCGCUCAUCAAGGCCGCGCUGGCGGUCAGCAGGGGCGUGGUGCCGCCGCUGCGGCAGCUGGGUGACUGCAACGAGUUGAUGGGCGUGGCCGAGGGGAGCGUCGUGCAGCCGCUGCGGAAGCAGCUUCGGCUGGAGACCGGCGACCGCGUCGGCGUCACCGCGCUGGGCUACGGCGGCGUCAAUGCGCACUGCAUUCUGGCCAGCCUGGAUACGGUGGAGCAGAGGGAUUGA